CCCAUGGCUGCUGCUGAAGAUCUCCUUGAUGAACUGACUUGUCCCAUUUGCCUGGACUAUUUUGAGGACCCCAUCACCUUGGCAGAAUGCGGGCACAAUUUCUGCCGGUCCUGCCUGACACAAUGCCAUGGAAGAAGAAGAAGAAGAAAAGCUGCCUGUCCCCAAUGCAGAAAACUUUUUCAAAUAGAAAACCUCAUUACAAACCGGCACCUGAGGAAUGUGGUGGAGAUUGCCAAGAAAAUGCAGGAAGGGAGAGGGAAGGAAGGAGGGGGGCAUGUCUGCGAGAAGCACCAGGAGCCCCUGAAGCUGUUCUGCAAAGAAGAUGAAGUCCUCAUCUGUGUGGUGUGUGACAGAGCCAAGGCGCACAAGGCCCAUGAGGUUGUUCCUCUGGAAGAGGCUCCCCAGGAAUACAAGGAAAAGAUUGAAAAUUAUCUGAAGAGUCUGAAGAAAUUGCAAAAGGAAAUGUGUGCAUUGAAAACUCAGACAGACACAGAAAGCCAAGACCUGCUUAAGCAAACACAAGCAGGCAGAAAGAAAAUGGUGGCUGCAUUCAAAGAGCUGCAUCGGUUUUUGGAAGAACAAGAGAAGCUUCUGCUCUCUCAGAUGGAAGAGGUGGAGAAGGAGAUUGCUAGCAGAAGAGACAAGCACAUGGCCAAUUUGUCAGAGGAACUCUCUAGUCUUGAAAAUAUCAUCAGAGAGAUGGAGUUGAAGUGUCUUCAGCCAGCAAGUGAAUUUCUGCAGCGCUUGCUUGCCAUGGCCUCACCUGUGUCGGUGGUGGAUUUGAAAGAAGAUGCCCUCUGUCCCCUUUGCAAGCAGUACCUGACAGACCCGGUCCUGAUGGACUGCGGCCACAACUUCUGUCGGACCUGCAUCUCCGACUAUUAUGUCUCCCAGAAAGAAAAAGGAGGGCCUUUGCAGUGUCCGGUAUGCAACUCGCCCAUCCAAGAAGGGAAUCUCCGGCCGAACCAGCAACUGGGUAGCAUAGUUGAGAAACUCAAGAAACUCCCAGCCCUCAAAGUAGGAAAGGACUACCUGUGUGCAAAACACAAGGAGAAAUUGAACCUCUUUUGCGAGGAUGAUGAAGAACUGGUCUGCUUGAUUUGUGAACGCUCCCCGGAGCAUGCCUCGCACACCGUGCAACUUGCAGAAGACGCUGUCGAAAAGUACAAGAUCCAGAUGCGUGUCCGCUUAGUGAAGCUCAAGCAGCUGAAAGAAGAAUUGGGGACAACUCCGAGAGAUGCGGAAAAAGAAACUUUUGACAUGCUUAAGAUGGUAGAAAAAGAAAAGGAAAAGACCACAGUGGAAUUUAAAAAAUUGCAUGGAUUUCUAGAUGAGCAGCAGAACCUUCUUCUGACGCAGAUGCAAGAGCUGCAAAAGGAGGUCGCCAGGAAGAGGAAGCACUACGUGUCCAGCCUCUCCGAGGAAAUGAUCUCCUUGACAAAAUUAAUUGAGGAAAUACAGCAGACCUGUGAGCAGCCAGCUACUGAAUUCCUCAUGGAUUUCAAGCUGAAUUUCCAGAGGUGUGAUGCAGCAUGUCAGGAUUCAGCCAGUUUUCCUCUUGAGUUAAAGUGGAAACUCUGGGAGUUCUGUGACACAAAUCUUUCGCUGGAUAGCAUGUCACGCCGAUACAGAGACGCUUUCGCCUGUGGAUUUCAGCCGCAAAAAGAAAAAAUAACUCUGGACCCAAGCACAGCCCACCCCCAGCUCAUCCUGUCAGAAGAGAACACAAGUGUGAGAAUGGGUGAAUUUUAUAAGAAAUUUCCCAAAAGUCCUGAGAGAUUUGACGAAUGGCCUUUCGUUCUGGGAUACGAGGGAUUUGCAGAAGGCCGACACUUUUGGGAAGUCACUGUGGUGAACGAAGACACAUGGGGAGUAGGAGUUGCCAAAAGCUCAGUGCAGAGAAAAGGCGAUAUCAACUUUAGUCCCGAAGGGGGUUUCUGGGCCGUGGGGAAGUGGGAGGGGAACUAUACAGCUUACAACCCCCCCUUCUAUACCCUUAUGACUUUGCACAGAGAGCCCAAAAGGAUACGGGUAUUCCUCAACUGUGAUGGCGGUUGGGUGAGCUUCUUUGAUGCAGAUACCGCAUCCCCCCUGUUUUCGUAUUCUGCAGCUUCAUUCUUUGGGGAGACACUUCUCCCUUUCUUUUAUGUGUUUGGGAAAGCCCAGCUCAACUUAGCCACCAUCCAGAGUUAACACAACUUUAUAACCCCUGCUUAUGUUACGUACCUGAUUAACUAAUAAGAACAAGAAACAGAAACAUUGCAAUUGUACAAAAAUCUCAAAA